AUGUCCCUGCCUCCUCUCGCGCCGCCACUUGCUGCCGCCCGCCGCUCGCAGCCUAGGAAGCCGCUGCAACAGUUGCCACCAGCGGCGACUCCUAGAAGGGCUGCGGCUGCGGCUCCAGUCAAGCCGCUGCGAAAAGGUCGCGGCGGGACGCCACCGGCCCCGGAGUGCUCCGACGCUUUCUCGAAUUCCUGGUCCAGCGCUUCCCUCCAGAAGCGCUUGCCGCGCAGCACAGCCGCCCAAGGGAGCAAGAACUCCGCGACGACCCAAACAGUAGCAGCGCCAGCGUCGGCGCUCCCUCCGCCUCCUGCCCGGGGACGCUCGGUCUUGGCGCCGCCGGGCUCCGACACGCGCUCCUGCGAGGGACUUUGCCCGGCGCAAGGCGGGCGCGGGGAGGCUGCGCUGCGCUUCUCGCUCAGCCUCCCUCCGGAGGCAGUUCGGCUGCUGCAGCGCCGGAGCCUGGAGAAGCAGCAGCGGCAGCAGCGCGCGCGGACCCCCCGGCACGCCUCCCUCGACGCAGCAAAGCUCCCCCUGGCGGCGGUCGGGGUUGCCGGCGGAGACUUGCGCACCCUCCUGAAAGUCUCGCUGCUCAACGAGUGCCACAGGUACGACGACGUGGAGUACGAAGAGGCGGCGGGCGCCUCCGGAGCCUGUCAGGUGGAUGAGGGGUUGGUGCGCAAGUGCACCGAGUGGCUCCGAGGCGUGGAGAGUGCCACUGCUCGGGACCACGGUGACAAAUUGGACACCCUGCCUCACUUGAGCACCCUCUGAGGGCCCGGCGAGCGUUUCCUCGAAGGGGACUGAGGAGACCCCCUCUUUCUCCGUCGUGCUCCACGGCUCUCUGUCGUCCCUGGCAAAUAAGGGUUAAGUGUCUCCAAAUAACAUUAUAGUAACUUUUUUUUUUUUUAGAGACAGCUGAAUCUGUUUUGUCGCAUUUCUUGUAGU